CCUGAGGGGCUAGACGCUUGUAUGUCAAUUGUUACUAUAAUGGGAGCGUUCUGUAAAUAGUUUUUCUCCCGGUGCAGACGGUACAAUUCGCGCGUGCCUCUUCCUAGACCAUUUGGAAAUAUACGUCUUCUGCGAGACUUGGUUUUAUUUCAAGCACAAUGCCUGUUAUUGCGCAAGAAAGUGGAAAUCAAGUUCCUUCAACUGAAAAUUCAAAAGAUGCAGAAAAAGAUAUGUUGCAGCUGAAAGAGGAAGGAAAUUCUUACUUUUCUGCUGGUGAUUAUGAAAAGGCUGUUAAAUUUUAUUCUAAAGCUUUAAAACUUUGUGAAGAUAAGAUAGAUAAAGCUACUCUUCUAAAAAACAGAGCUGCUGCUUAUUUAAAGUUAGAAGAGUAUCAAAAUGUGAUUAGAGAUACUUCAGAAGCUUUGGAGGUAGUUCCUAGUGAUGUGAAAGCUCUAUUUCGUCGAUGUCAAGCUUAUGAACAAGUUGGACAGUAUAAUGAAGCAUUUAAGGAUGCUAGAGCAGUUAAUCAUUUAGAUCCAAAGAAUAGUGCUGUACAUCCUAUUUUAAGAAGACUAAAUGCAAAGUUACAAGAACUUGCUAAAGAGCAAGCAAGUACAGUAAAUAAAGUAAAGAAUAUGUUUGAAUACCUUCUUGGAGAAGAAACAUCAGCUGAAAAUAAGUUGCAGGCAGCUAACAAUAUAAUUGUUUUGGCUAAAGAGAAUGCUAGUGCUGAACUUAUAAUGGAGCAAUCUGGAAUAACAAAACUUCUGGCUGCCAUGAAACUGGAAAAAAGUGAAGAAAUAUCUAUUGCUGUAAUAAGAACACUUGGAGAACUUUGCAGAAAUAAUCCAGUUAGAACAAUUCUAGUUCUACAGAUAAUCGGUGUACCUUUCUUGUUUGAGAAUAUAAAUUCCAAUUCUGAAAAUUAUGUAAAUUCUGUUCAGUAUUUCAUCCAAGUUAUUCUUAAUACUCUAUCUGGAAUGGAUGUUAGGGAGGAAAAGAAACCAGAUAUAGAUUUGAUUAUAGGAAAUGAAUCAACCAUUGAUUUAAUAAUGCAAACUAUGGUCAAAAGUGUUUCCAGCCGUGUAAUGUCAGCUAUUGGUAGAGAUGCUGUUUUGGAACUUAUCAUGAAAAAUGUUGAAUAUGAUGCUCUGAAUUGGGGAUUGAAGUUGGUACAGAGUGAUGGUCUUUGGUGUCUUCUUGAUGUGUCCAGUGAGUUACAAGAAAUUCAUUAUGAAAGUAGUAUGCGCAUAACAGAACGCACUCUUUCACAUGUUGCAGUUGCUUUGGAUAGGAUUUAUAUCUGUAUGGAUUGUGAUGCAUACAGAGAUGAAUAUAGAAACAAAGUGAUGGAGUUCAUAAAUGACAAAUUAAGAGGACCUGAUAUUGAAAGCAAAGUGAGAGCAACUAGAACUAUAACUGCACUUUUACAGGGUCCAUUGGAUGUUGGUAAUUUCUGUUUAGCUCAGAAAGGAGUUGUAGAAAUGAUGUUGGCUAUGGCAUCAAGUGAUGAUGAAAUUCAGCAGAGAGUUGCUGCUGAAGCAAUUAUUGCAGCUGCUUCGAAGAAAGAUAAAUGCACUGCAAUUGUAUCAAUGGGAAUUGAUAUUUUGAAGAAAUUAUACCAGUCUAAAAAUGACAACAUUAAAGUUAGAGCUCUUGUUGGUUUGUGCAAAGUUGGCUCUGUUGGUGGAUUUGAUGCAUCUAUCAAAAUGUUUAGUGAAGGUUCAUCUUUAAAGCUAGCACAUGCUUGUCGCAAGUUUCUAGUUAAUCCUAAGAGAGAUAAAGAUUUGAGGAAGUGGGCUGUGGAAGGCCUUUCUUAUUUGACAUUAGAUGCUGAUGUUAAAGAAGAACUUAUUGAGGAUCAGAAAGCUCUACAGGCACUCUAUGAGCUCGCUAAGACUGGAGAUUUAUCAGUAGUGUAUGGCUGUGUUACUACUUUGGUGAAUCUUACAAAUAGUUACGAUAAAGAGGAAAUUAUUCCUGAACUUGUUGAAUUAGCCAAAUUUGCAAAACAGCAUGUUCCAGAAACUCAUGUUAAGGAUGCUAAAGACUUUAUUGACAAAAGAGUUAGAACAUUAGCUGAAACAGGUGUUAUUCCAGCUUUAGUUGCCUUAGAAAAAACAGAGAGUAAAAAUAGCAGAGAAAUGAUUUCCAGAGUAUUUAAUGCUAUUUGUGAACAUCAAGAUCUAAGAGGUGCUGUAGUUCAACAAGGUGGUGCCAAGGUUCUUGUGAAUUUGGCCCUUGAAGGAACUGGCAAAGGAAAAUUAACAGCUGCUCAGGCACUUGCUAGAAUUGGUAUAAGCAUUAAUCCUGAAGUGGCUUUCCCUGGCCAAAGGUGUGCUGAGGUUGUAAGACCAAUCAUGGCAUUACUGGAUCUAAAUUGUACUGGGUUGCAAAAUUUUGAAGCUCUCUUAGCACUUACAAAUUUAGCUCAAGUUAGUCCAAGUGUGAG